AUGACUCAAGUCUACGUAUACUCGUCGGCCCUGGUGGCCUUUGCAGCCGCGACCGCCAUGAUUGUCGCAUCCAUCUUCAUCCCCAACUGGGUGUCAUACUCCGUCACAACACCCAAAGGCGACAUCGUCGAGAAGCACAUCGGUCUACACAAGAGCUGCUCGAAUCUCGAUAGCCCUACAUGCAAGGAAUUUCCCACCGCCGACUUGUGCCAGGCGGGCGAGCGAUAUUUCUGCGACAUGUGGAAGACGGUCGGGUUCAUGGCCUCGCUGGCCGCCAUAAUGUGUCUAGCCAGCUUGGUCUGCUUCCUGGUCGUCAUGAGGGGCGGCAAGUACAAGCGCGAGACUGGCUGGCCGUUUGUGUCCGGCAUGCUGACCUUGGUGUCUGUUGUGGAGUUUGUCAUUAUUUCUCUUGUGGCGUAUCUGUAUGAUAAUGACGAUCAGUUUACUAUUCCUGGCUGGAACCUCGAUGUUUCGUGGUACAUUAGCACUGCCAGCGCUGCCAUUUCUCUGCUUGCGGCCGCGGGUCUAGCGGUGUCGGCCUAUCUCUUGCCUCCCGAAGAUGGAUAUGAUUUUCUGGAGGAUUCGAUUGAUGCUUAA